AUGCUGCAGAAUAUGAUCCAGCCUGCACCAGAGGAUGGAAGACCUUACGAUCCUGAGGCAGAAGCUGUUGCAGUGGCUGAGAUAGCCGUUGAGGCUGGCAUAUUUGUGGAGGAUGCCCCGACAGAGUCUGCUCCAGAUACUAGUACAGAACCUACUUCUGCUCCUGCUCCUGCUCCUGGGGCUUAUGAGGAGGUGUUGGGUAUCGUCCUUAAAAAUCAAGAAGUCAUAUUAGAGAAGUUGGCAACACUAGGUGGUAUACCUACUCCUGCACCUACUCCUGCACAUACUCAUGCACCCACUCCAACUGAUGAUGUAGAGUACGACAUUCUCCCCUCAUGUUACGAGCCUUCUGUUGGAGAAGCCACACCUUCUCAGCCAGUGCAGACGGUCUUAGGUAAGCGUACUAGACAGAGACCAGUAAGGUACGAGGACUAUACUCCAGCAGCCAAGAAACCAAAGUUCAAGGACCCAGUUACGAUCCUUCCUUUAAAGGUGUUGGAUCAAGAUAUGUUGACAACUUUUAACCGAUGGGUACUCGGUGAGAUUGAUAACAGCAGACCGAGGAAGUUGGAAUGUUGUGAUGGGACCCCUGUUUGGUUCUUGAAGUUGAAGGUGGCAAAAGAAUGGUUGGCAGAAACUCAUCUCGACGCUGCGAAUUAUCUUAUACGGAGACGUCUUUUUGAGUUGCCGAAGACGUACCCCGUGAAAGCCACCGUACUUGAUUCAUCAUUUGCACAAUAUAUUCCUGCCAGAUACGAGGAAUUCAAGAAAAAUGGCAGGACUUACCAAUGGGACUCGGACAUUCUUGAUUUCCUGAAAGGAGAUGCCAAAAAGUACAAGAAGCAUUGGGGUGAUUGCAACGAGGUCUACUUCCACUGGUGCAUGGAAAAUCGGCACUGGGUCCUUUGCGAAAUAAAUUUCGCUGAUUGGAUGAUCACUGUAUUUGACUCAGAUCAUUCUAACUUUAGCCAUAAUAAGUUGUCUGAGUUGAUGGAGCCUUGGACUAGGAUCUAG